AUGUCGUUGGAAGUGGUCGUGGACGAUGCCCUCCCCUCCUCUUCCGCUCCCUCGCCCUCCACCUCUUCUCAAACCGCGGUUGAUCAACCCGCGCCCGCCAACCGCAAACGUCGCUUCGUUGGCGCGGCGUUGAGCCGAAUCAACUUCACGAGUUCGUUGAGCUCGAGUCAGAGUGGCUCCACGAACAGUAUCAACUCACUCGGUCUGGCCUCGGCCAGCUCCGAAGACGAGGGCGCAGAGGAGAGCAAUGACAAACGGAUCCGCCUAAGUUCAUCAUCAUCGGUGGGCUCACAGGAGUCACAAAGUCGAUCGAUUUCUGUCAGUCCAUCACCCGAAACUUGUUAUGACAUCGAUUUGGAAUGCAGUCAAGGCAGUCAGGUAAGGCUUGGGGAUGGUACGAUUAAGGAUUUUUGAAAAGAUAGGGGUGACUAAAAAAAGGGAAGAUAAGGUACGGUAGAGUACGGUAGUUCCUAAUUUUCAUCUAAUUAACCCUGCUAAUUUCAGCGAUCCAACCCCUUCAUCAAAGACUCCUACAUUGCUGAUGGUGAAUAUGAGUUGAUCGGUGACGGCAAAGAAUGCCAAGCCGUCCACCUCACCACCAACACCAUCCACCAUUGUCGUGUGUUAAACGACGAAGAAUACAAAGCCUUUACCGUAAUCUUGAACCGUCUAGAAAUGGCUGAUCAGAAGCUCAGCUUCCACGAUGCUGCAGAACUCAGGUGUGUACUACAAUAUUUUAGAUCUUCGGCCGAAAACUGAAGCCAUUGGCCCUAAAAAUGGUCGUCAAACCACUAAUAUGGUGCCCUAUGUUACACUCCAAUGAAAUUUUAGCAAUAAACCUGUUUCAGACGAAUGCUAAUGCCCGAAGGCACCAGAAUCAUCAGUGCCAACCGUCUCCACUAUGUCAUCUCAGCGAACCAUGCCGGCAACCUCCAAACCUACUUUACCAUGCAGAAGGCGGAGCAGAAGUUGAGCGAGCAGCAGUCUCGUUCCAUCUUCUCCCAAAUGGUACACAUGGUACAUAAAGCGCACCAGAUCGGCAUCUACUUCCGAGAUUUCAUGCUGAAGAAGAUUGUCUUCACUGAUAAAGACUCGUAAGUGAACUUUAGUGAUUUUGAUGCCAUUUUUAAUGUGAUGUACUUGAAUUUUUAGUUUUUCUUGAGCUACAGAGACAUAGCUAGAACAAUGUUUUUUGAAAUUUUAUUUUUGGGUUGAAAUAUUUUUGAAAAAUUAAGUCAAAAAGAAAGGGCAACAUGUAGGUAUACCCCUUCAGUUCAAAGGCCAAUAACUAAAUAUCUGAAUUACGUAAAUGCCUGAAAUUUUACUAUGUUAUAACCAAGACUUUACUCUACCUUUCCUUAAAAUUUAAGCCGAUUCCAUCAGCAGUCCAAAAAGUUAUGGCACAAAAUCCACGACCCAUGCAUAUACCAAAAACCAUUAAAAACCUAUAUUUGCGUUCAUUUCGAGGGCAUUUGAGUGCAUUUCCACUAAUAUCAAUAGCGAUUCGUUUGCAUAUAGCGUGAUAGAAGAGAGAGUCGUAUGAGUAUAUUGUGUUAGAUGGGGGCAACAAACAUGUUUACAGUCCUUGAUAUCAGUUUUGGGAUCUGACCUUCAAUUUCGCUUUAACUUUGGAUCGAAAAGCACGAGGUUUCUCGAAGAAAGUAACAUAAAAAUUGGCAGAAAGGGCAUCUGACGCAACUUUUAUGAAGUUUUAUGGACUUUAAGGUAUUGGUAAAGAUGUUUUUAGGUAUGAAAUUGAAAAAAAGUAGAAAUUUAAAAAAUUUUAAGUUUUGGUCCAAAAAUGGCACUUUUCUUUGUCCUACCGAGUCUUGAUCAUCAAAAUGAACUUUUACAGCAAAAAAGGGCCAAAAAUAACUUUACAUUUACUUUUUACAAUAAGAAACAGCUAAAACUCAAAGUUACAGUACCAUAAACAAACAUACCAAUUCAUAGAUCUCGAAAUUGCGCAAAUUACCAUUCGAAAUACAAUUAAAAUUAAAUAGAAUUACAAAGGAUUUGGUGUUGUGUAAGCGAUUAACUUUGUGUGGAAAUGUAUUUACAUAGUAAGAUCAUCUUCUUAACAUUUCAUAUCCUUGUUGUGUAACAUAAUUUACAUGCCGGGUGUUACAGUUAAGCUGUUAAUACGAUAAAGGGGUUACAGAAAGGUGAUAAUACGAUAGAGGGGUUACAGUAAGGUGAGACUGGUCUUCUAUGCGAUGGUUUUAGCACUAUUAGGCUGUUUAAAUAAUUCUGUGCCCCCAUAAUUAUGAAAACUUUCUUUGAAAGGGGCACAGAAUUGUUUGGAAACCUUAUAAAAGUAGUACUAACUCAUGUAAUAGCAGUUAGUACUAGUAGUAGUACUAAAGCAUACGGUAUAUGAAUGUUACAGUAAGGUGAUAUGAACAUGUUAUAUAUUAUAAGAAUGCUUUUACUGUAAAUACCAUGCCUUAUAUAUGUUAUUUACAGCAAUAUAUCAGAGUGGAUCAUAUUAUUCACAAGUCAAAAAGUCUUGUCGCAUUUUUCAUAUAAAACGUAUGCAAAUCGACGACAAGACUUUUUAGACCCCCAUUUUUAUACUCUAAACCCAAAUAUUAUACCUAUGAAACAUAUUUUGAUGUAUUUCGUUCAGAAACACGUUAAUAUGAUGGUGAACAGCCUCAACCGCUUCUGGAGCAUCGUGUUCUCGUGUUGUCACGGACUCGGCAUGCCUUCGUUGAGGGUCUGUGAAGGGCCGAUUUUAGUCGAAAACGCCCUGAUUUUGGUCAAAAAAACAUUGUUUUAGUAGUGUUAGAUGCUGUAGUGUAUUGUUAUUAGUAUUAUCUUUAAUAUAUAAUACUUUUUGAUUAAAAAUUUGUAAAAAAACAGAGAUGAAGUCAAUUUCAGUGGAAAACAGUGGAAACUGACUUCAUUUUUAUGUUAUAAUCGAGUUUUUUGAGUCUUUUAGUUACUUUUCUUGAUUGUACCUGCAAUAUUAUGAAUUGUUUUGGUUAUGUUGAAUUCUGUAAUGAUAUGUUAUACCUAAAAGGUACUAAAAACCAUUACAAAAGAAAUUGGUCUUUAAAACACCUUUUUUUCUUUCAAAUUCCACCUAAAACACAAUUUUUUACCAUUUUUCUUCACAAAAACCACAAAUCUAACCAUUUCUGCCAUUUUCAGAUGCAGCAUUCGAUUCAUGUUCAGCAUCAAUGACCUACAGAUCCUGCCCGACCUCAGUUCGGACGAGGUUCAGCUUCGCAAAGGCUGUCCUGCCUACACCGCCCCCGAGAUGCUACCUGCCCCCAACAGCAAGCACCACACGUACCACGCCGGCGCUGCCAAUGUAUGGUCGUUGGGAGUACUACUCUACACCCUGGUUACUGGUCGUGCCCCCUUCAUGGCCAAGUGUCCUCGUGAUCUGUUCCGACUGAUCAAGCAGGCCAAGGUCAUCUUCGCCAGUACUGACAUCGUAUCUUGGACCUGUAAACUGUUGUUGUACUCGCUGUUGAAGUCGGUUCCAUCGGAUCGUCCCGCCACUGGAGACAUUCUUUCGUCACAGUGGGUUCGCGAGAACGGUGAGGGCAACUUCGUGAGCUACGGACUUCAGUUAAGGUUGUCGGCUUUCGAGUCCCAACUGCCAAGUGGUACUGUCGACGUAAUGCGGAUGGGUACCAGUUCACGGGAUUCGGCUUACCGUAGUCGUGUUGGAUUCAGAAGCCAGGUUCAAAAUCUGUUCAAGAAGCACGCUGUAAGUGAAGUUGGCAGAGUUGAGGCAAGUUGGUACUUAAAAAUAGUACUAGUGGUAGAAUCAAUGAAAAGAUGGUCCUACCAUUACUAAACUAAACAUGCUACUGGUACUCAUAGUACUAUAACCUAAAGCACCAUGACUGACGAGUACCAUUUUCAGGACCAAAUGCAGCUCCGUGCAGUACCAGAACAAAUGGUACCAGACCUCGAAGCCGAAACGGUACCAGACGCCAUGGGCUUGUACGUGGUACCCUAA